AUGCCCGGACAAGGACUGAGAUUAGGCACAUCUGAGAAGAAUCUCGAUAUACUGCUGGCGAUCUUUGUCAGAACACAUGAUGCGUCCUACGCGAAGGCCGAGCUAGGGGCUGCGCUCUCAUUCCGGGCAAAAGACACUGUACCUCUCGCGUUCGCAGUAGCCAAGAAGAAGGAUACAAUCUCCAAAAAGCUUGGUGACGAUGGCGACGACGGACCGGAUGAAGACGACGGGGAACUGACAUGGAAACCUUCGCGACAACUCGACCUUACGCAGCCGCCCAUUUCGGACGUCGAUGAAAUCUUCAAGUCGAUUGUUCUGAAGGCUCAGGAGCUGGGUCUCAAACCGACUGACACGCUAGGCAAAGGUGUCGAUCUCCGAAUCCUGACUAUGUGUUCCGGUACCGAAGCCCCUAUCAUCGCCAUGAACAUGAUCAUCAAGGCUCAACAUUUCUUCGGCCUAGACGCCCUCAACUACCGACACUUGGGAAGCGCCGAGAUUGAGCCCGAAAAACAGGCGUUCAUCGAAAGAAACUUCGAGUCUGCUGUCAUAUACCGAGACGUCACCGAGUUCACCACUCACAGCAAGGCACCCGACGAAGACCAUCUCCUGCCAUACACAGCAUACGGUGCACAGCAGCGACCUCCAAAAGGAGUGCACAUCCUUAUUGCCGGCUCUUCCUGUGUGGAUUUCUCCAAUUUGAACCCGAGCAAACCUGAGUCGACGUCCGAAUCUGCGGCCACGUUUGCAGGGGUGCGGGACUACGCGAAAGUCUACAGACCCAACUUGAUUCUCAUGGAAAAUGUGGAGUCAGCGACCUGGUCUGAUUUCGCCGAGGAGUACGAAAAAAUAGGCUAUCGUUGCAAGGUCAUUCACGCGAAUUCCAUCAACUACUAUGUUCCGCAAACCCGCAGACGCACAUAUUGUCUUGCGAUUGACGUGCAGCGUGCCGAACUUGUCAAAUUCGACUAUGAAGGUGCUCUACACGAGUGGGCAAACCUCAUGGCACAAUUUCAGCGACGAGCAUCAUCGCCGUACAGCGACUUCCUGCUCAGCGAAACUGAUCAACGCUUCCUGCAUGAGAAACAGAGGACAUAUGGCGAAACUCAGCCACGAAAUCAGGGCAAUUGGACACUUUGUCGCAAGCGCCACACUAACACACGUAACAGCGAGCAAUUGGGUGACGCUACGCCAUACACUGGCAUGAAGGAGAACCGAGUCGUUGUGAUGGACGAUUCAGCUUGGCAGGGGUGGGUGAUAGGGCAAGCCCAGCGUGUCCAAGAUGCUCUCGACAUAAACCUUCUUCGCCAUGUCGCACAGCGAGGGUAUGAUAUGCGUUACAAGCACAGAAACUUCAACCACAGUCAAAACGUGGAUCGAGAAUCUGACAGCAGAGAAUGGGGAGUGGUUGGUUGUCUGACGCCCAGUGGAGGCCUAUUUGAGACUCUACGGGGUGGUCCAAUCACCGGAAUUGAGGCUUUGCACUUGCAAGGCAUGCCAAUAGGCGAUCUCAACUUGAACAAGGAGACCUCAAGAUUCCUUCAGGACCUUGCUGGCAAUGCAAUGACGGUGCCUGUAAUUGGUGCUUCAAUCAUCAGUGCCCUCAUUGCUGGUCUUAAGUUCCAGAAAGCCGGCCAAGAAAGCAUUUUCGAGCCCCAUCCCGAGUCGAAUGCGUCCGAAGCUCUAGGCUCAACGGACCAUCGCAACAGAGUCCUGGAAUUGAAGUCGGAAGAACAACUCACCCAGGGAGCGGACGAUGCAGCUCUCAAGUCGGCAUUUGAAGAGCUGAGUCUCGAUAAUGAGGUGUCUUUGCAAGAAAUCACCCACUCUGCUCGCGAAUCGCAACCAUACUGCCAUUGCGAAGGCCUUGACCAGCAUGUCUCAACCAAUCUACGUUUCUGUCGACACUGCUUCUACACCUGCUGCUCAUCCUGUAAUAGAAAAGACCAUGAUGGUCUGUUCGAAUUUUCUCCUGACUCCAUGGAUCGAACUUUGGCCAGAGACUUCGUUCAAGCAUGGACUGAAAGACUGCCCCCUGUCCUGGAAUUCGACCUCUCCGAAGUGGACAUGGCCUCAUUACGCCAGCAUUGUUCAGAGCAGGGCAUGCAGCUAUCAGAUUACAUGUCUGCAGCGUUUCAGGGCACGUUCCGAUUUCAGGGCAUCAGAUUCGAUCGCUCAUGGAGAAUCAUCUAUGUGUCGGACAAUGCCAGACUCGAGCUAGAUCUUGCUCCCAGACGUUCUCCCCUUUCUGAAUACAGUCAGAUAGGCGUUGACCUCAUGAAUUCAAUGAAGCUUGAACCCACAUGGCUACUGUUCGCAAAGCCAAAGCCUGAUGAGCCGGCGGGAAGCAGUAUACGGCCUCGUUUAAAGUACCCAGUGGCGAAGAUGCGACCAACUGAGACUGUUUUCUACGGUCCAUGGCAAUUUCGGGUCGCUCCUCAACAGGGGGCAGACACCAAUUUGACAAUCAACGGCACAGGCAAUAUUAUACCGGCCUGGGAGAGUACUCUUGGCCUCGACAUGGAAAAGUAUGACACCAAGCAGGUCUUUACAGAGCUGCAGAUUGGGUUUGCUCAAGGCAUGACUCAAGGAUCUGGAUCUCCUCUAGAGUGUAUUCUUGGAAAUUAUGAACUACACCAAAAAUGUCCCGCUGCCAGUGGAUCACUGUAUACAAUGCAGUCUGCCGAAGUCGGCACCGUGUUCCUCUAUUUGGAUCCAGAUCCUUUUGGAGAGUCCUUUAUGGACCAUAUGGUCUUCUCGACUCAACCACCACAGCAAGGCAUACAUGAUGACAGAUCAGUCCUGGCCAAGUUAGAUCCUGAAUGGAGACCAACUCUGGUAAAUGAGCCAUGGACAGAAAUCAAGUGCGCUCUCUUCAACGUUUGGAAGCCUAUCGAUGCGGUCAAACUGGUGAUUCCGGAGAAAGAAACCAUCGUCAAGAAAUGGCAUCAACCAAAGUGCCCGGCCGAUCAGGACGCCACUUGCACAGAAUCAUCCAGCAUUUUCGUUAUGAAGAUUCCACUCGACCCGAGAAAUCAAGAGAAGUGGCCACAGGGCCAUGCUGUGCUUAUUGACCUUGAAGACAAGCCUGAAGCUCUCAAAGACUUUACAUGGAUGAUGAAGUAUGUCGCAGAGAUCCCUCGCCGUCAUUCAGCUCUUGAACCCAUCGCCAGUUCAACGGCUCGGAAGUGCUCCACGUGUUCUCCGGCACCACCUUCGCUGGAAUGGUUUUUCGUCAAGAAUGGCGUCAUGAAAGCCUCCGAGGUCAAGGAAGAAGCGACACGUUUCGAGAAGCAGCUGAAGCAGAGACCGAAACCAGCGCUGGCCAUAUUGCAUUGCCACGGUCAAUCUGGGCUUCUUGACAUUCAGCUUAACAUCACCACAAUGGCACACCGCGCGACUUCUCUACAUGUUGGGCAUAUUGGUAAGCUGUUGGAUCUACUAUGGCACAUUGAGCGUUACAAUCAUCUUGCCACUCCCCCAAAGUUUGUCAACAUCAAGAUCUCCUCAAACAUCUCGGGAGAGGUUAUCGCUACUUUGAGGCUCGGAAACCGAUUGCUGUGGAAAUCUCAACGCGAGGUACUCGCUUGGAUGCAGCAGUGCGAAGAAAGUCCCCAGCUUUGGAACGAGUUGGCACAGGUGGAAUGUCGCCUUCCUUCAUUGCAGUGUCGUGUCGAAGUUAAGUCUUUCCUUGAGAGGGAAAUCCGUGGUGGUGUUGUUGCAGAUGAUGUCGGAGCUGGCAAGACCACAACAUCACUGGCCCUCAUUGGCUUGGACUAUGAAACUUUGGGACGCGGCGAAGCCUUUACAGAAGAAUGCCCUUCAGGACUCAUCAAAACAGAUGCCACCUUGAUCUUCAUGCCAAAGAACAUCAUGCAGCAAUGGGUAUCGGAGAUCGAACAAUGCCUGCCCUCCUGGAAUUGUCAACUUCCCGGCGAAAAAGCAGCAUCGGUGGAACAACCUUACUAUAUCGUGUUGAAAAAUUCCAAACAGUUGGCACAAUGCUCCGUCGAACGCCUGAAAGGAGCUCAUCUCGUGCUGGUUCCUCUUACGAUUUUCGAAGAAGAGCACUACUGGGACCGCCUGAAAAUGCUCGUUUGUGCGCCAAAUACACCCACCAACCCGGGUCGCGCCUUCCAAGAGUGGUUGAGUCAAGCUUUGGAAGGGCUCAAGUCGAUGACACCGGAAUUGGUCGACAACGAGAGUCAAGUCUGGAAGAACUGGGAGGCUCUAGGAGCCGAUAAGUCGUCUUAUGAACGUUUCCACCUUCAAGAGCUCACCAAAACCCGUCAGGGCAACAAAUCGGGGAACGACAUGGACGCAGAUGCUCGAAAACAGGCCACUGACGCUGCCAAUGUCGUCAAAACGUUUGAGGAUGAUCGGCGAAAGUUCAAGAAAGAGGGGAAGAUACCUACCCUACUCCAUGAGUUCCAGUUCCGGAGAAUCAUUAUCGACGAGUUCGCCUACAUGAAAGGCAAGACUUUGCUGGCAAUACUCAGGCUCGCAGCCUUAUCUAUGUGGCUCCUCUCCGGGACACCUCCCAUCCACAACUUUGACGGCCUGAACACGAUGGCAAAACUUCUGGGAACGCGGAUCUCGCCGUAUAAUGAGAAUGACGGCAAAUUCGGCUUUGGGAGUGACGGAGCCAAGAUGGCAAGAGACAAAACUGAAGCUCAAUCAUUCAGAUCGUUCAAGACUGUCCAAUCUGCCGCUUACAAACAAGCCUUGUACGACCAUGCCGCUGCAUUCGCGGAACUGUUUAUGCGCAAAAACAAGCCAGCUGUUCAUGUUGCAGAACAGAUCACCCACGAACGCAAGUUCAAACUCACUCCAUGCGAACUUCUUGCGCUGUUCGAUGUGGAAGGGGUCUUGGACAGUGACGACAUCAAGUUCAACCAGCAGAUGACCGCUAAGAAAUGGGAAGAACUCGGUAGUAGCCUAUAUGACACAAAAUUAAGGGCAGCCGUUCGAGAAUUGAGCGGACCAGAAGCAGCGCGUGUUUGUGCUCCGGCCAUAUUGCACAAAAUCAUCGAAAUUGUCCCGAAAGGAGCACAGGCCUAUGAGAAAGACGUUCUUAAGGCACUCAUUGAUGACCAUGAGAAAGCAAUGCUUACUCACACUGGAGAGCUCUUCGAGGGUCUGCGGGAUUUGUGGUACGGUGCAAAGCAUCACAAACCAGCUGAGGAUUUCAUCAAGUUCACACAGAAUAUCAAGGGUGGAGUCGAAGUGACAGAAGGCAUGCAUGCUAUUCUGGAUCACUUGCUCUGGCAGGCGAAAGCCGCCUCAACAAACACGCCACCAGGUGUUCGGCUUUCCGCAUAUACGUCAGAGGAAAAGACAAUUGCCGAAACGCUGGGGAUAAAACCCGAAGAGCUUCAAUACGAUUUCGAUAAGCUCACCAAGGGUGUGAAAGAAAAGGAGAUGCUCAUUCGCAUGUUGAGAGUGCACAAUAUGGUUAAGUCAUUGUCCAAGGGGUUUGGCCGCCUCCGCCUCCUCAAAGCUGUCCUUGCGCUUAUUCAAAACGGCCAGUUAGAGGACUGCUCGCGUUGCAAGCGACCGCUCGAUACUGCCGAGAAAGCCGAAAUAUCGAUGGCCUGUGGUCAUAUCGUUGCUUGCAUCCAUUGUCGUGAGGAGCUACGUCCUCUCGAGGACCCAAACUGCUGCGAACUGUUCUUGGACGAGUAUGUCAGGCCUGUUGCCCCGUUCCUGGUGACCCAGGACGCGAGGGCAGAGACGUUGGCAGACAAAGUAAAGGGUUCCAUGAUGCAGAAGGCUGCCAGUAUUCUCGAGGCAGCGCCGGAGUCGGAGUCUGCAGUGGUUUUCGUCCAGUUUGCCAGAAUCAAGAGCGCUUUCGUGGAGGCCUGCAAGGCCAUGGACAUUGUGUGUCUGGACGGAUUCUCGUACACGGAGAGAGAAGUGAAGAAAUUCAAGGCUGCGGCCACGGAGGGCAGGGCGGUGCUUGUCCUGAAGGUGGACAGUGAGGACGCGGCGGGGUGGAAUUUGCAGGAAGCUAACCAUGUCCUCUUCCUCGGGGACAUGGUUGAGCUGGGGGAAGAGGAUAAAGCCGCUGCUAUUGAGCAGGCGGCUGGAAGAUGCCGGCGCCCGGGCCAGGAGAAACCGCAGGUACAUGUGUACCAUUUGGCCGCAUUUUAGCUGUGUGUGUAGAUUACCAACGAACAUGAAUUUUUAUGCAUA